AUGCUCAACCUGUACCCGAGGCUCCAGCUCCAGGCGAGCUCCGCCGCCGACGAGAUCGAGAGCAACGACGCCGAUGCCGACGGCUACAGCGCCUUGUACGGCUACGGCGUCGCCGCCAUGUGCGUGACCAUCUUCGUGUUCUGCGCGCUCGUCUCCACCGUCAGCGUCUGGAAGGCGCUCGCCUUCGCCGCGCUGGCCGCGGUGCUGCUCGGCGCCGCCGGCUGCUUCGCGCCCAGGGGGUGGUUCUUCCGCCGCCGGAGGGGCGCGGCUGAGCUGGUCGUCGUCACGGUCACGGCGCGGCCGGGCCACCCGUGCGCUCAGGCGGACUGCGGCGCGCCGCCGGCGUUCGCGUUCCGGUGCCCGCUCGAGGCGGCGGGCGGCGCCGGCGGGGGUGAGGCGGCGGCGAGCUCCGUGGUGUGCUCGGUGUGCCUGGAGGACGUGCGCGGCGGCGAGAUGGUGCGGCAGGUGCCGGCAUGCAGGCACGUCUUCCACGCGGGGUGCAUCGACAUGUGGCUGCGCUCGCACCGCACGUGCCCGAUGUGCCGCUGCGUGGUCUCGCCGCCGGAGAAGGUGGCAGCUGUGGCCGAGGAGGCUCCGGAGCCGUCCGAAGAUCAUGAGUUGCCGCCGGUGUAA